AUGUUCAUGACUGUCAGAGCGACUGCAGAUUCUGGACGCUCGGGCCUCACUCAACCUGCAGGGAUCAGUUGUUGCCUUAGACACUUCACUUCUAUGGACCGCGAAGAGCUAAGGCGCAAACGAAGGCGCCUCUUCGAGCCUGGCAACUUCGCUGAUAUUGAGGAUACAUCAAACAAUAGUGCCACAAAAAUGAGCUCUGAUACGACUGACCAGCUCCCGAGUACAGCUCAUUCGAAAAUCUUGAACCACGACCACAACCUUGGCAUUUUGACCAACAUGGGGUUUGAUAUCAAAAAGGCCAAAAAGGCUCUAAAGACAGCUGGUGGUGACAUCCAACAGGCGAUUGACCGACUGUUCAGCAAGUCGAGCCCGACCGAUGCUUCGAGCGACGACGACGAUCCCGAGCCUGAGAGUCGCUUCCCAGCACCACGGACGGCGGACAACGACGACGAAGCGCUGGCGCGUCAACUACAAGCAGAAUACGAUGGCCGACCUGCAAUAUCGGGAUGCCGUGGAUCACCAAAGCGGGUCGAUUCCAUUCAUGGCGAUGAAGCAUACGCGCGCUCUCUACAGGCUCAGUAUGAUGGUACAGCAACCAGUGGCACAGAACAGCAAGAUCAUACAGAGAGGCCAUCGACACGCAACGCCAUCUCACCUCCGGACUCUGAGCUUACACCUCAGCCCGCAGUCGUACAAGCAACCGUUCGCAGUAUCGCAGAAGCAAUUACCGGUGUGAAGUGCCACAAUUGCAAGAAGUACGUCGUUAAAAGCGAGAGCCACGUACUGGAAUUCUCGAAGUACAUUCAAGACAGCGAGGGCCGGUUAAUAGCGAUACCCUGCCAAAACUGUCGCAACCCACACAACGACAAACGCGCGCGACUCUAUAUGAUCUGGGCCCUGCUUUGCGACUUUGACGCCAACUCGAAGCAGAACAAGCCUGACAAGCGGCGAAGCACGAAAACUGCGAAGCGCGCCGCGGGUAAUGGCGUUGGAUACAGCGGCGGCUAUGGCUAUGCAAGACAGCCAGCCAGUGGAAAGAAGAUGACACAGCCGUCAGAUGACGAUGAUGUUAUGACUGCUAAGAUGACGAAUGCACUCCGCGCUCUGCUACCGACCUUCGACCGCGAAGAUGAGUUUGAGCUCGACGCGAGGCAACUGCAAGCACUUUUCCUAUGCAGCUCGCUUCUCGAGCGAGCUGCGGGCCUUCUUCGCAACAAUGAUCUGGAAGAAGUCACGACACAGAAGAAGCUUUACGACGCUCUGGCACGUUUGCUGCAGACCCUAGCGAUGCACCCAUUGACAAGCGCAUUAGUGUUCGGCGAGCGAGUCGUACGAAGCUCGGGUGCUAGUCUACUCAAAAUCUCGCUGGGCAAAGCAUCUCUUACUGGCGGAAAGGAAGUAGACACCGUGCAGCCGCUAUCGCAGUGCUUGCAAGAGUUCGCAGUGCAGUGUAGUAUGAUGUUGAGCCAUAGCACUGACCCGACAGAGAGCCAGCUGUACCAAGCAUUCAUCGAUCUUCGUGACUUCUUGCAAGCCAAUGGAAGCUCCGCGAAGAAAGCUCCGACGCCAGCCAAGAAUGCAUGGCGUAAGGAGUAUGCGGUAUCAGAGGUUCCUGAUGAGUACAUCCUAAAGAAUCAUAUCUUGGCAUCAAAGCCACAAGCGAGCAGUCAUGUCCUGCCAGGGCGCAUGAAGCGUAUCAUGCAGGAGAUCAGCCGACUGCAAACGAGCCUUCCGGAUGGUAUCUUCGUCCGCUAUGGCUCCUCGCGCCCGGAUGUCAUGAAGGUCAUCAUCAUCGGACCUCAAGACACACCAUACGAGAAUGGUCUCUUCGAAUUCGAUCUACUCUGUGACAACGACUUUCCCACCAAGCCGCCUCAGAUGCAGCUCCGGACCACGGGAAAUGGUUCGGUCCGCUUCAAUCCAAAUUUGUACAAUUGUGGCAAGGUCUGCCUCUCGCUACUAGGUACCUGGGAAGGCGAAAAGUGGGAUGCGAAGCAGAGCACGCUAUUGCAAGUACUUGUCAGCAUACAAGCCAUGAUAUUCUGCGACUUUCCUUGGUUCAACGAACCUGGCCGAGGCAACAGUGAUGCCAGAAACGCGCAGAGUGUUGGCUACAACAAGUUCCUCCAGCCGAAGACCAUACAGCAUGCAAUGAUAAGUUGGCUCGAAGAUCGACAUGAUAUCUGGAGUGCGAUCAUCGAGCAGCACUUCCAUACCAACGAGAAGGACAUCCGCGCAACAAUAAGCAAGUGGACAUCGGAGACGGGUGGACCCACCAUCUUGCUGCAGCAAUGUCUCAAAGAUGCUGUGUCGAAGCUCAGCAAGGGGAUCCCGCGCGGUCAGUACAUUUAG